AUGCUUUCUUCGCUAGAUGCAGCGCUCGAAUCAGCGUCUGGUCCACGAACGGCUGCCUUUCAGCCGAAGCUCAAGCCUCGCGCUAGGAAGGGAGGAGCUGGCGGAGGGGCUGGUGCUGAAGCAUCGGCGCCCGCAGGACAAUCUGGCCCAUCAGCCGGUCCAUCAGGAGGGCGUACUGCUGCAGCGGGGAAUGUAGGGGGAGUUGCGCAGGCAGUAGCGCCGCCCGUCCGCGCUACAGCCGCUGCAGCUGCUACCGUCCCAUCCGGACGAGCAUCAGCACCAGCGCAACGUCCCCUUCCCGACGCUCCGACUCACGCUCCACAACUACCCUCCCGGUUUGCAGCGCCAGAAGCUCUUGUUUCGGCCUCACCUGCACCGUCCCCUUCGGCAGCAGUAAUAGCCAGGGCGACACCUCAAACAGAAGGGUUAGGUUCCGUUCAAGGGGGUUUUGGCGCCCCUUCCAGAACUGCCACUGCUGCAGCUCCCACCGCUCCCUCCUCCCAUGCUCCUACCCUCCCCGCUCCCCCCGCGUCCGCUCGUCCCGCUCCACGUGCUCCUGCGCCUAGUCCCCUAGUAAACGGUCCUCAUAGAAAUGCCGCUCCUACAGCUCAUGCUGCUGGUGCUGCGCCUAGCACAGCCCCAGGAGCAGCAGAUGCAGCGGUACGGGGGAAUGGGAGAGGGAGGGCGAAGGAGAAAGAGGCGUCUGGGGGGGAUAAGAGCCGAGGCGUGAUUGGAUCAGGAACCAAGGGAGUGUUCUUCCCACACUCGUUCCGGAAAGGAAAAAGGCGCUCGCAGGUGACUCCGGAGCUGCUAGCAGCGGAGGACCUGUCGGGCUUCACCAUCCAGCAGAUCAUUCAGCGCUCCGAAGUGCUCGACCGAGAGAAAGAGAAGGAGGAGCAGGAGAAGAAGCGGAUAGAGGAGGAGGUGGAGCGAAACAGAAGGAAGCUGGCCAGGCGGCGAGGCGAGGAUGUGGAUGAUGGCACUGAGGGCCCUGCUGCCUCUGCACCUGCCAGCAACCCCCCACCCGGCGGUAGCGGCGGUGGCGGGGGGGUGUUCGCUCCCCAGGUGACAGUGAUCGACGGGCGCAUCGUGGUGAACGAGGCGAGCCUCACAGUGGAUGCGCAGGGGGGGAGGGACGAUGCGAUGGAGGGGUAUAAGCGGGUGGAGGAGAGCUCAGCGCGGCUCAACUAUGGGACUCAUAUGAAGCGGGAGAAGAGCGACCGGUGGAGUGUGGACGAGACGACCCAGUGGUACCAGGCGCUGCAGCAGUUUGGAACGGACUUUGAGAUGCUGCAGGCGCUCUUUCCCAAGCGCUCUCGGCGGCAGAUGAAGGCCAAGUUCAAGCGGGAAGAGACGCUGCACCCACACCUGGUUACUCAUGCACUCACACACAGAUGCACAGACAAGCAGCAGUAUGAGCGCUUGGCCUCGGCUCUCAACCCACAGCUAGAACUGCAAGGGAAGCGACAACGGACGGCUGGAGGAGAGGGGGGUAGUGCGUGGAUGGAUGGGGGGGCUGGAGAGGAGGGAGACGGUGCUGGUAACGAGGAGGCUUAUGAGGAGGAUGAGGGGAUGAUGGAGGAAGUGGAGAUGGAGGAGUGGAGAGCGGUGGCAGCAGAGCCUGCAGGAGAGGGGGAGGAGGAGGGAAGGGCAGAGGAAGCAGGAGACGGGCUAGGGGAGGCGCAUGGGGAGGGAGAUGGUGUGGAUGGUGGGGAGGAGGGAAUGUGUGGUGAAGGUGCAUAUGGGGAAGGUGAUUAUGGCGCAGGGGCGGAUGGAACAGGAGAGUAUGGGGUUGUGACACAAGAGAGUGUUGCUGCGACUCAAGUAGAAGGUGACUAUGGUGAGGCGGAAUAUGGGGAGGGGGAGGAGGAGAUGGGAGGGACGAUAGGGUAUGAAGACCCGUUUGCUGCGUAUGGAGGGGAUGGGGAGGUGGAGGAGGAUCCACUGGGCGGGUAUGGCUAA